AUGACUAUGGUAAUCCUCCCCGAGACCGAAGCGCUCCCACCGGCCGAUACUUCGGGCGUAAAACAUGCACCGCUACGUACCGACCACGAAAGUGGAUCUGAGCCAACCGCCAAACAAAGCGAGAAGUCCGGAGGAGAGAAUCGCUCUUCCGUGUCCAAUGGACAAUACGACAUUCCGGACGAGUACGCCAACCUUGAUGAGCUUGCCGGACCGUCACCGGUCGACAAUCGACAUGGGCAAGGAUUGUAUCACCAUCACGACCUUGAAGAAUGCCGGUCUAAAGAGCCUAAAGAGCAGGAAGAGACACAAGAUAUACAACCCCUCUCUGUGCAGUCGAUUGAGGAAGACGAGGACGAUCUCCAUGAGUACGCGAAUCUUGAUGAGUUAGAGGGGCCUCCACCGGAUGAGAAUCCGGAUGAGCGAAGAAGUUACCGUCAUCAUGACCUGGAAGAAGCUCGAACGAAUGAACAGCAGUACGAGCGGCGAGGAUCUUGCCAAGAACGGAACGGACAGCCGUCCCCACAUGAUGAAAAAGGGUCCCCUCAAAAGACGCGGGGGUGGAAAAUUCACAGGAUGAUUUUUCACCUUUAUGUCACGUCGUACUUGAUUCUCUUCUCAAUCUUGGGUACUCUGGCACGGCUUGGACUCCAAGCUCUCACAGUAUACCCAGGUUCCCCAAUCGCGAUUUCUGAAUUAUGGGCCAAUGUCGGGGGAUGCUUGAUUAUGGGAUACCUGAGCGAAGACCGGACAUUGUUUCACAACGAAUGGGAAGUCGCAGAGAAGCGCGCACGUCGAAAUCUCCAUCUAGAACGAGAGAGCAGCGACGACACCACGAAAGAGGAGGCCGACGAAGAAGCGAUCUUGGUAGCAGCUAGGAAGGAGCAUCAAACAGAAAAGAAAACCAUUCCAGUCUUCAUCGGGCUCACAGUCGGCUUCUGCGGCUGUUUCACCUCUUUUUCUUCUUUCAUGCGUGAUGUUUUCUUCGCUCUUUCCAACCAUUUGAACACCAGCGCGUAUACAGACAACAGGACAGUCGUUGGUACGAACCCUCCUCGCGACGACGGCAACAGCGUCAUGGCAGUCCUGGCCGUUCUGAUUGUAGAGAUCUGCCUCUGUUUGUCAGCUCUAGAGUUUGGGGCGCACAUCGCAAUCGCACUCGAGCCCGUGGUGUCGAAAGCGCCCAGGCUGAACAUCAGACGGAUUACGGAUCCGAUAGUGGUUUUGAUUGCGUGGGGUUCUUGGGUGGGAGCUGUCGUCAUGAUCAUCUGGCCUCCCGACCGUCCAUCUGGUCCUGCGGCAGAUGGACAGACCCUCUGGGCGCAAGAAACCUGGCGGGGCAAUGUCCUGUUCGCACUUGCUCUCGCACCCUUGGGCUGUCUCGUUCGUUUCCACGCCGCCUUGAGGUUCAACGGGUUGAUAAGUCACUUUCCGGUUGGGACUUUUGUCGUCAAUAUUGCAGGGACAACCGUGUUGGGCGCAUGCUGGGAUCUGCAGCGUGCACCGUUGACCAAUGGAGCAAUCGGUGGCGGUAGGGUUGGUUGCCAAGCGCUCCAAGGCGUUCAAGACGGAUUUUGCGGCUGUCUCACCACUGUCAGUACGUGGGUUAUAGAAUUGAAAGGCUUGCAGCGAAAACAUGGGUACUUCUAUGGAGCGAUGAGCGUUGCUGUUGGCGUUUCCAGUUUAGUGGUUAUCAUGGGUACUUUUGUGUGGGAACAAGGGAACCGGCCAACGGCAUGUAGUGUAUGA